AUGGCCAGCCAAGCUGCCCGUGCCAGUGUCAACAUCUGGGACCAGGGCGCUCAUCUCCAGUCCGGUUAUGGUCUGGAUGCUGAACUUGGUCUCUUCAAAGAAGAAGAUGAAGAGAACCAGAUUAACGGCUACAAAAAUAGCACACCACCAGUAUAUCCAUGGCCAUCCCUGGCUAUCAGCGAUAUAUCCGGCGGCGACUGGAGCGAGAAAGACCUUUGA